GGGGGGAAACAUACAUGCAAGUGUAUGUGUUGACUACUUUUAACGGAGUUUAGAACAUCUUUAAGAACUGAACUUGUCCAGAUUAAUUUUCACUCUGUAUAUAUACACGUUUUAUAAUGGUCAAUCUCUCUCUUCGCUCUAUUCAAGCUGUCAUCUUGUUAGAUGGCGAAGGAAAUCGUGUGUUAGCAAAAUAUUAUGGCCAAGAUAAGACAAAUGUUAAACAACAAAAGCAAUUUGAAAAGGGUUUAUUUGAAAAAACGAAGCGUGCUCAAGGAGAUGUCAUUUUGUAUGAUAAUCAAGUUGUUCUAUAUCGCUCAAAUAUCGACAUUUUCUUUUAUGUUGUCGGUUCAAUGGAAGAAAACGAGCUGAUCUUGUUAAGCAUGUUGAGUGCGUUUUAUGAUGCUGUAUCUACCUUAUUAAGAUAUCAAGUAGAAAAACGGUCAGUAAUGGAUAAUUUGGAUCUAGUUAUUUUAUGCCUUGACGAAACAGUGGAUGAAGGAAUUAUAUUAGAAACAGAUGCAAAUGCCAUUGUCAAUAGAGUUUCAAAACCACGUAUGGAUAUGGUUGAUAUUCCUUUCUCAGAACAAACGUUGCUACAAGCGUACCAGACAGCCAAGGAUAAAUUUGCUAAUCAAUUGCUACGAUAAGCCUGCUUUUUGGGCGUAAACGCGUUUAUGAUAGUACAAUGGCCUCCUUGAAAUAAAAUGAAGAUCCCAUUUACCUUUUUAUAUGUAUUUCCGGUGCAAGAUGGAAUUUUAAGAAAGUAAAAAGUUUAACGUUCGGAAACAACAUCAGUAAACUUUAAUUAAGGAAAAAGAUUUUGUGCGUGUGUGUAUGUAUGUGUCAUGAACUAGGAUGAUAAUACAAGAAAUAGGGGUAAAGGUAUUAAAUAUAGGUUCACCAAUAAUAGAAAUUCAAAAACUUUGAC